UAUUUCGAACAAUCAGAACGUUUAAGAGAAUAUAUCAGGCGGAUGUAGAAUAAAAUCUUCCAACUUUGUAAACUGACAUCGCAACAAACAUAUCCAGUUUGAUAAUUGCCUAUCGAAGUAUUGAAUAUCAUGAAUUCAAGUGAGGCGCGUCUCUAUUCUGAAAGAAGAGGCAUCCAGCAAGCCUCGAUUGAUUAUUAUAUGCCAGAUUUUGGUAUAAAUGCAGACGAUAAGGUCCUUGAUAUCGGCUGCGGCACUGGAGAUUUAGUUUAUGAAAUAGGAAAACGUGCCUAUUCUGUCAUCGGUAUUGAUAUUUCAAAUGAUAUGAUCGACGUUGCCAGACAAACACAUCAACGCGCGAACAUAAUGUAUGAAGUUGCAGACGCUGAAAAUUUCAUUGAACACUUUCCUACGUGGAAAGUUACAUUUGACAAAGUUGUUUCAGUACAUGCUUUGCACUGGGUACAGGAUAAAGUUGGGGCAAUUCGUAACAUCUACGAUUGUCUAAAACUUGGCGGGGAGUGUUUCAUCUUGCUCAACGGACCGAUACAUCAAAUGCUAGGCAAUGGUCCUGAUGAACUUCCCUAUUAUUUAAAGAACCAUGCUAAAUGGAAAAAACAUCUUGAGGGUUACGUUCAUAAAAUGUACAAUCAUUUGAAUCUUGAUGAUACCCUGAAACUAUUUGAAUCUGUUGGUUUAGAAGUACUCGAAGGAAAGUCAUAUAAGCCAUGUGAAAAUAUCGACAUCUUCAGUAAAGAAGAAUUGAACGAAUACCUGCGUACACUUCUUGGACACCUGCGAUACUUGCCACAACAAUACCACACUGAGUUUCUUCAAGAUGCGACAGAUUGGUGUCACCAAAACUUUCCCGUUAAUCAUCGAGGACACAGACACAUCAACAUGGAAGUUAUUGUCGUCCAUGCUAUUAAAAAAUAAUUUUAUAGGAGAUUCCAGAGAUAAAAUAUUUAAUAGGCCCAAUAUCAUUUAUUUAGAACUUCUUCGAGUACUUAUAACCACUCCGACAAAAAAUCGCAAGUAUUGUGAUGUACGGUACAUAUGCUCAAAGUAAAACUUUCUUCACGUAUUUGUAAUGAGCAUUUAAAUACUCAUUAACGUUCAUGAGUGUUAUCCAGUUUUCUGUUUUUUCUUUUAUAUAGUCCUACAGUAGCUUUGCCAUUAUGUUAUUACGUUAUUAUCAUAUUACGUUACAGCUAUUUGACUGAGUGUGUUUAGUUGGUAAAGUUUUUAAAAUAAGUAUAGUAAUCCAACAAUAAUAUGAACUAAUUUAACAACUACGUCAAUAAAAAUUCAAUAUCAAUAUCAUUUUAUUCAUAAAUUAAAACAUUGAAUAAGUUUCUAAUAAUCUAUUAAAUAAUAUUUGAAUAAAAAACCUUGCUUUCAAUGGAA